CUGCCGUGACAUUAUUACACAUUCUGAAACUACUAUCAGUGCCCUCUCUCUCUCUUUUUUUUUUGAACUCUAUGAGUGCUCUCUCUCUCUCUUCACCAUGAAAACUCAUCGUCCAAAGCUCAGAACCACACAACGCCCACUCUUCUCUUGCGGUUUGUUUCGUCACUGCACUCAAACUGUUCUCAGUCCAACCACCUCCAACCCUCCACCACUUCCUCUUUCCCAAUCUGACCCACCACCACAACCACCACCUCCUCCUCCCCUACUAUCCUCAUCAUCUGACCCACCACCACCCCAACAACCCGACUCUGAGUCCUCCUCAUCUUCCAACACUUCCCAAAGCUUUACCCAGUGGAGAUUCCCACUCCCAAACUCACCCAUCUCACACCACUCUCACCCACCACCACCACCGCCGGAAUCUGACCCAUCACCACCCCAAACCCACCGCCAUUCUUACCCACAACCACCGCCUCCAGAACUCUUCCACAUCGCCGAGCUCCAACUCACUUCAGACUCCGAUUCUGACCGACUCAACGCCCUCCACAUGCUUGAACGCUGGCUCGUUCCGAACCCCCCCACAGCUGCCGCGGCCGUGGACGGAGGCGAUGAGGUGGCCUGUCCGGCGGCGGUGAUGAGGGGUGUGGUUGGGUAUUUGAAGGAAAGUUCAGGGGCAAAACCGGCGACGAAAGUGUUGUUAGCGCUUUGUUUGGCGGAGGUGAACCGGCGCGUGGCGGUGGAGGCUGGGGCGGUGGGGCGAGUGGUGGAGGCGGUGGCGGACUUGGAAGGUGCGGCGGCGGAGAGGGCUUUGGCGGCGCUGGAAUUGCUGUGCACGGUGGCGGAGGGGGCGGCGGAGGUGAGGGCCCACGCGCUGGCGGUGCCGAUGAUGGUGGAGGUGAUGGGGAAGAUGGCGGGGCGGGGGAAGGAAUAUGCUAUAAGUGUAUUGGCGGUGAUUUACGGUGGUGGAGGCGGCGGCGGCGGAGAAGAGGUGGUGGUGGCCACGGCGGCUCCGCCGGAGGAGGUGGCGCGUGCUGUGGCGCUGGCUUUGCAUGGGGAUUGUAGUGCUAGAGGGAGGAGAAAAGGGGCCCAGCUUCUGAAGAUGCUUCAGGAAAGUGGACGGUUGGAUUUGACUCAAGGUGGAAGAUAAACGGUGGAGAUUUGCCUACAGUAAAACUGGUCAACAUGGAGCAAUGAAAUCAUGAAACGUUGCUGCGCAAUCUCUUUUUACUUUAUAUUAUAGAAAUAUGAAUCCCAAAUAAUUUAUUAAAUUUUUUAUCAAACUUAUUGUAAGAGCGUAAGAUCAACACGAACUCACAGGUAUACGAGUCUUAUAUCUAUGUGAGAAAUUUGAUAAAAAAUUUAAUAAAUUAUUUAAAAUCUUUAGCAUCA